AUGUUGCUGUAUUUGGCCAUUUCCAGGCCGCUGUGGUACAGAUUUAAACGAAACAUCAAGACGUCUGUGUUGGUCUGUGUCGCAGUCUGGAUCCUUUCUUUUCUUUAUAAUCUUACCAUGUAUCUCCUUUUAGAAUUAGAGAGGAGAGUAAUCAUCCAGGCUGCUGGUCUCCUCCUCCCUCUUCCCUUGUUCAUCUUGUGCCUGGUUGGGACCAUUAAAGCUCUGUCUGAAGCUCGCAGUGUCCCUGCUGAGGAAAAACAUCGAAUUAUUUCCAUCCUGGUUGCGGUGUUGCUCAUAUAUGUUCUGCUUUUCAUCCCCAACAUGAUAUAUUAUCUGGUGAAAAAACGGUGGGAAAAUUCAGUCUCCUGGACUGUGGUUACAAUUGGUCUUUUUCUCAGUCCUCUUGCAGACUCAGCUUUGUAUAUUUUUCUGAGGAAAAGUGCAUUUAACCAGCUUGGGGCCUCACUGUGUUGUGUAACGUCUAAGAAUCAGGAGAUCAGCAGCACUGAUGAUGUCAGCAUGUCAGCUUUUCGAUCUGCCAGAGCGUAGGCGCUGUCAAUGCACAAAUAUAUUCAUAUA